CCUUCUCUCUCUCGCAAGUGUGUUGUCGAGAAGAUUAUACCGUUUUUCUUUUCUUGUCUUGUUAACGGUUUCUGGGUGUUUUCUUUUAACCAUCAAUAUAAUAUUAUAUCAAUCCUGUGACAGGAUAUUUAAAAUCAUCAUCAUCACGCUAAAGAAUAUCCUUUGAAUUCUAUCUCAAAACUAAAUUAUAAAUUUCGAGAGAUAGAUUUUGCAUCUUCGACAUCACCGGUUCCAAAAAAAAAUUCUUUCAUAGAAUUUACCAUCACAUUGUGAAAAAAAGAUUCACAAAUACACUCAAAGUGAUAUUUAAUAUAAAACCUAUACUCGCAUAGAAAUAUUUCUUCUUUUUUUUUUUUGUGGAAAAUAAACCAAAAAAUAAAAAAUUUUACCCCAUUUUUUUUGUUGUAGUGUUCGUUUUGUUAUUGUUGCUGUUGUUAUUGGUGUUUCUUUUUUUAAUAUUCUUCUCGUGCUCCUUUGUGUGUGGUGUGUAGUAAAGUGCUCACUUGUGAUUUCCUGCCGCAGUGAAAAAAGUCUUUAAAAAAAUAGAGAAGAAAAUCCUUACGUCUGUAAGUGCGUUUAUUUGUUCGUCCUUUUAUUGUAUUAUUUCCAUCACCCCCUUACCAAGUGGCAUUCAUGUCGAAAUGUUUUUAAAAAAAGUUUAAAUAAAAAUUAAAUAAACCAAGGUGCGACAUUCCCGAAUAAAGUCAAAAAACGACAAAUACCCCCCCAAAAAACAACGCAGUAAAGUCCCUAAAAAAAUCCUUUAAAUAAUAAAUUUGAUGAAGUGUCUUUUGUCAUAUCAUUGCUCCGCCUGUCGUCGUCCCGCGAGCAUAAUUUAUUAAAGAAUCACAAGCCCAUUUGUCACAGACAACUCCACCAAAAUUCCCCGUAAAAAAAUACAAGUAAAUUUACUUGGCAAACGCAGGCAGUAGUGAGUGUUGGAAGGAUACAAAAAUCCUUCAGUCACACCAACUGAAUCAAAAAUAAAGUAAACCUACCUCCCCAACUACCAACUACAACACGAAAAAAAAAAGUGAGGUUAAGUGAAUCAAAAGUGAGGUUUUGUGCGGUUUAAUAUUAAGAGAGGGUAUUUUUUGGAAAAUAAAAAAAAAAAAAGUUUUACACUAUAAUUUGUACUUGCUGCCUUUUCGCUUUGCCAUACAUACGAUACGGUUGAUGCAAAGGUUCGGUACUUUCAUCCACUUAAAAGUUUAAUGGAGUUUACAACUUUGUUGUCCUUGUGACAAAGUUGGGCUUUAACGUAUAAUUUCUGUAUUCUUUUGGUACCUACAUGAGUACAUCGUACAUGUUUUGACUGCUGCUGCUGCUAAUACUUAAUACACAGUGCAAGCCGGGUGUAAUUGACGUAAAUAAAAUUUAAUUAGAUUAAACCUAAAACCCUUAAAGGAUCUUCACCAUUUAUCCCUAGGACCAUAGAGAGAGAAGGGGCUACACACGAGAAGAAAAAUAUAAGAAGAACGAACGCACGUCUUCGUCAAGAUUUUUGCCAUUAGGUAAGUCUUCAUCUCUACCGUUGUCAUUGUGUUUGUGGGGAGUUUGGUGGGGUUUAAGGGGGUAAGACCCUACUACUUAAUAUCUCAGAAAAAGGACGAAAGAAAGAGGUUAUCCUGAAUCAGCGAUAAAAACUAAAACUAAAGAUGGUGUUUUUACGAAAUUUAUUAUAGUUCCAAAUUGGACCACAUCUGCUGCAGCAAACUGGCAUUGAUUUUUUCUCAAAAAAGUUAAACCAAGAAAUACAAAUCUUAGCGAAAAUUAAAUGAUAGAAAAUGAAUAUUAAAAAUGAAAAUAAAACAAAAAUGUAUGAAUAAAAAAGAAAGCUAAAGAUAGCAGAAAGAAGAUUAAGAAAAAUUCGAGAAGAAUUUUUAAAAAUUAAAGCGUUUAAUUGAAAGUUAGCGAAAUACUGAGCGAAAAUUAUUGAUUUUGUUCAUAAUAUACAUAAACUUAUCAUUUAUUUUAUUUAAGUAAAUGAUGGGGCUGCAUAUGGUAGUACUGCCAUCAGCUGCCAGUAUUGUUGCAGUCAUCACAUUUUUACUGGUAAUCAUUGGAAGACCUGAUGUUAUCGAUGCAGUCCAUGCAAAUUUUUCGGAUUUUCCAUAUAUUCAAUAUUUGACACAUCCGCCGGAAAUCAUCAAGAAGCCAUUAAACCAGGGUGUUCGUGUGGGAGGUGUUGCGAGUUUUUAUUGUGCUGCCCGUGGCGAUCCACCGCCAUCGAUUGUUUGGCGUAAAAAUGGCAAAAAAGUUUCCGGAACUCAAAGUCGUUAUACAGUUAUUGAGACCGGUGGCGUAUCGAUAUUACGAAUUGAACCUGUACGUGCUGGCCGUGAUGAUGCACCCUAUGAAUGUGUAGCAGAAAAUGGCGUCGGUGAUGCAGUAUCAGCUGAUGCAACUUUAACAGUUUAUGAAGGCGACAAGACACCCCCAGGAUUUCCAGUGAUUACUCAAGGACCUAGCACUCGAGUAAUUGAAGUUGGUCAUACGGCUGUGAUGCAGUGUAAGGCAAUUGGUAAUCCUACACCGACAAUAUAUUGGAUUAAGAAUCAAACAAAAGUCGAUAUGUCGAAUCCUCGAUAUUCCAUUAAAGAUGGAGGUCUUCAAAUUGAAAACAGUCGAGAAGAAGAUCAAGGCAAAUACGAAUGUGUAGCUGAGAAUUCUGUUGGCACUGAACAUUCUAAAGCGACAAAUUUAUAUGUCAAAGUACGUCGUGUUCCGCCCACAUUUUCAAGGCCACCAGAGCAAAUCAACGAAGUAAUGUUAGGUGCUAAUUUGAAUUUAUCUUGUAUAGCAGUAGGUUCACCAAUGCCUCAUGUCAAAUGGAUGAAAGGCGCCCAAGAUCUAACACCAGAAAAUGAAAUUCCCAUUGGCCGUAAUGUACUUCAAUUGACUAACAUUCAACAAAGUUCAAAUUAUACAUGCAUAGCAGCAUCGUCCUUGGGCCAAAUCGAAGCUGUUGCUGUUGUUAAAGUGCAAUCUCUUCCAACCGCACCAACAGAUGUACAAAUAUCCGAAGUUACAGCGACAUCUGUACGACUAGAAUGGUCAUACAAGGGUCCAGAGGAUCUACAAUAUUACGUUAUUCAGUACAAACCCAAAAAUGCUAAUCAGGCAUUCAGCGAAAUCAGUGGUAUUAUUACAAUGUUUUAUGUUGUUCGAGCGCUGAGUCCUUACACGGAAUAUGAAUUUUAUGUGAUUGCUGUGAAUAAUAUUGGACGGGGACCGCCAUCAAUUCCAGCGACAUGUACCACCGGUGACUUUACAUUUGGAGGUGCAAAAAUGGAAAGUGCACCGAGAAAUGUACAAGUCAGACCAUUAAGCUCAUCAACAAUGGUCAUUACAUGGGAACCACCAGAGACACCGAAUGGACAAGUGACUGGCUACAAAGUAUACUACACGACAAAUUCUAAUCAACCCGAGGCAUCUUGGGAUUCACAAAUGGUUGACAAUAGCGAAUUAACAACAAUAUCCGAAUUGACACCGCAUGCUAUUUACACGGUACGUGUACAAGCAUUUACAUCAAUGGGUGCCGGUCCGAUGUCCACUCCGGUUCAGGUGAAAACACAACAAGGUGUCCCAUCACAGCCCAGUAAUUUCCGGGCAACCGAUAUCGGCGAGACCGCAGUUACCCUGCAAUGGUCAAAACCGACACAUUCCAGUGAAAAUAUUGUACAUUAUGAACUUUACUGGAAUGAUACGUAUGCAAAUCAGGAUCAUCAUAAACGUAUAUCAAACACAGAAUCCUAUACGCUUGAUGGUUUAUAUCCUGACACAUUGUAUUAUAUAUGGCUAGCAGCACGCUCUCAACGUGGAGAAGGAGCUACCACACCCCCAAUACCCGUCCGAACGAAACAAUAUGUGCCAGGUGCUCCACCAAGAAAUAUAACUGCCGAAGCGACCAGUCCAACGACAAUUGCUGUAUCUUGGCUACCACCGCCCAUAGAACGUUCCAACGGUCGAAUUGUCUAUUAUAAAGUUUUCUUUGUCGAAGUUGGCCGGUCGGAUAGUGAAGCUACAAUAACGACCCUCAACGCUAGCAGCAUUGUUCUGGAUGAAUUGAAACGAUGGACGGAGUACAAGAUAUGGGUUCUAGCUGGGACAUCAGUCGGUGAUGGGCCAAGAUCGCAUCCGAUUAUUUUACGAACUCAUGAAGAUGUGCCUGGAGAUCCUCAAGAUGUUAAAGCUGCUCAAAUAAAUUCAACAUCGAUACAUGUUAGUUGGAAGCCCCCAUUGGAAAAGGAUCGCAAUGGCAUAAUUCGUGGUUAUCACAUACAUGUGCAAGAAUUGAGAGAAGAGGGCAAGGGCUUCCUUAACGAACCAUUAAAAUUCGAUGUUGUCGAUGCCUUAGAAUACAAUGUGACUGGCUUACAACCAGACACCAAGUACUCCAUACAAGUUGCCGCACUUACCCGCAAAGGUGAUGGUGAUCGCAGCAAUGCAGUGAUAGUUAAAACACCCGGUGGUGUACCGGUUAGACCUACAGUAAGUUUGAAAAUUCUUGAACGUGAUCCAACCGUAUCGAUAGAACUCGAAUGGGAACGUCCAGCUCAGACAUACGGCGAAUUGCGUGGUUAUCGCCUUAAAUGGGGUAUCAAAGAUCAUCCAUUGAGAGAAGAAAUCCUUCAAGGACCCGGCAUAACACGCAAAAAAUUUACCGAUCUUGAGCGUGGUGUUGAAUAUGAAUUUAGAGUGGCAGGAAGUAAUCACAUAGGAAUUGGGCAGGAAACUGUGAAAAUCUUACAAACCCCAGAAGGUAUUCCAUCCGGGCCGCCAGCAAAUAUAUCAGUCCGGUUUCAAACACCUGAUAUUGUUUGUAUAACAUGGGAUCCACCAACAAGGGAGCAUAGAAAUGGUCAAAUUACUCGAUUUGAUGUUCAAUUUCAUAAAAAAAUCGAUCAUGGUCUUGGUUCGGAGCGUAAUAUGACAGUCCGGAAAGCAGUUUUUACGAACCUAGAGGAAAACACAGAGUAUAUCUUCAGAGUGCGAGCGUACACAAAGCAGGGAGCCGGUCCUUUCAGUGAAAAAAUUCUUGUGGAAACAGAGCGAGACAUGGGUCGAGCGCCAAUGUCGGUUCAAGCAGUCGCUACUUCUGAACAAACUGCAGAAAUCUGGUGGGAACCAGUUCCAUCAAGGCCACAACUCUUGGGUUAUAAAAUAUUCUACACAAUGACAGCUGUUGAGGAUCUUGAUGAAUGGCAAACUAAGACCGUGGGUCUAACUGCUUCUGCUGAUUUGGUGAAUCUGGAGAAAUUCGCUCAAUAUGCUGUUGCUAUUGCCGCCCGUUUCAAGACGGGUUUGGGAAGAUUAAGUGAGAAGGUAACUGUCAAAAUAAAGCCUGAAGAUGUCCCACUGCAUCUUCGAGCUCAUGACGUCAGCACGCAUUCAAUGACUCUAAGUUGGUCCCCGCCAAUCCGUUUGAAUCCAGUCAACUAUAAAGUGUCUUUUGAUGCGAUGAAAGUCUUUGUGGACUCUCAGGGCUUCUCCCAAACUCAGAUUGUAACAAAACGUGAGAUUAUUCUAAAACAAACAAUCCGGACACAUACAAUCAAUGAAUUGUCACCGUUUACGACGUACAAUGUGAACGUGAGUGCACUUCCAGCCGACUAUUCAUACAAGCCCCCAACAAAGAUUACAGUAACAACACAAAUGGCUGCCCCACAGCCUAUGGUUAAGCCUGAUUUCUAUGGAGUUGUGAAUGGAGAAGAAAUUUUAGUGAUUCUACCUCAAGCUUCCGAAGAAUACGGCCCGAUUUCUCACUAUUACCUAGUUGUGGUUCCAGAAGAUAAAUCCAACCUGCAUAAAAAUCCUGAUCAGUUCCUUACAGAAGACCUUCUUCCCGGUAGAAAUAAGCCUGAACGACCUAACUCACCUUACAUAGCUGCUAAGUUUCCACAACGAUCUAUUCCAUUCACCUUCCACCUUGGAUCCGGUGAUGACUAUCAUAACUUUACCAACCGUAAACUCGAACGUGAUAAGCGAUAUCGCAUCUUUGUACGUGCAGUUGUUGACACUCCUCAAAAGCAUCUCUAUACCUCAAGUCCGUUUUCCGAAUUUCUCUCCUUGGAUAUGAGAGAAGCCCCACCUGGAGAAAGGCCUCAUCGACCAGACCCCAAUUGGCCAUCCGAACCGGAAGUCUCGGUAAAUCGAAAUAGCGAUGAACCAGGAAUGUUGUGGGUUGUUCUACCGGUCCUAGCUGCCCUUCUCUUAUCAAUGUCCUUCGUGGUUGUGUACAUAAUUAAACGUCGCCGUCAGCCUUGCAAGACUCCUGAUCAAGCUGCUGUUACAAGACCACUUAUGGCUGCCGAUCUUGGUGCCGGACCAGCGCCGAGUGAUCCAGUUGAUAUGCGACGUUUGAACUUCCAGACUCCCGGCAUGAUCAGCCAUCCCCCAAUUCCGAUUUCGGAAUUCGCCAAUCACAUUGAACGCCUCAAAGCCAAUGACAAUCAGAAAUUCUCCCAGGAAUACGAAAGCAUCGAACCGGGCCAACAGUUUACCUGGGAUAAUUCCAAUUAUGAGUAUAAUAAGAGCAAAAACCGUUACGCCAAUGUGACUGCCUACGAUCACAGUCGAGUGCAGCUUCCGCUAUUCGAUGGAGUUUUGGGAUCGGACUACAUCAAUGCAAACUACUGUGACGGCUAUAGGAAGCAUAAUGCAUAUGUUGCUACUCAGGGACCUCUGCAAGAGACUUUCGCAGAUUUCUGGCGAAUGUGCUGGGAACUUAAGACAACCACAAUUGUUAUGAUGACACGUCUGGAAGAACGUACUCGUAUUAAGUGCGACCAGUAUUGGCCAUCACGUGGUACCGAAACUUACGGACAAAUGUUUAUCACGAUUACCGAAACCCAAGAGUUAGCCACCUACAGUAUUCGCACAUUCCAGAUCUGCCGUCAAGGGUUCAAUGAUCGGCGGGAAAUCAAACAGUUGCAAUUUACCGCUUGGCCAGAUCAUGGAGUUCCUGAUCAUCCAGCUCCAUUCUUACAGUUCCUACGCCGAUGCCGCUCACUCACUCCACCCGAUUCGGGUCCAGUUAUUGUUCAUUGCUCUGCUGGAGUGGGUCGCACCGGUUGCUAUAUUGUGAUCGAUUCCAUGUUGGAACGUAUGAAGCACGAGAAGAUCAUUGACAUCUAUGGUCAUGUAACAUGUCUGCGCGCUCAACGUAACUACAUGGUUCAGACCGAAGAUCAAUAUAUUUUCAUCCAUGAUGCAAUUAUCGAAGCCGUCAUUUGUGGGAAUACUGAAGUUCCGGCUAGAAAUCUUCACACCCAUUUGCAAAAAUUGGUUCUCACCGAAUCGGGUGAGAAUAUCACUGGCAUGGAAAUUGAAUUUAAAAAACUGUCCAACGUCAAAGUUGAUUCGUCUAAAUUCGUAACAGCUAAUUUGCCAUGCAAUAAGCAUAAAAAUCGUUUGGUGCAUAUUCUUCCGUAUGAAUCGAGUCGUGUUUAUUUGACUCCAAUUCAUGGUAUCGAAGGUAGUGAUUAUGUUAAUGCUAGUUUCAUCGAUGGUUAUCGAUAUCGAUCGGCUUAUAUAGCUGCUCAGGGACCGUUGCAAGAUACGGCGGAAGAUUUUUGGCGAAUGUUAUGGGAACAUAAUUCUACCAUUGUUGUGAUGUUGACCAAGCUCAAAGAGAUGGGAAGAGAAAAAUGCUUCCAGUAUUGGCCGCAUGAGAGAUCAGUACGAUAUCAGUAUUACGUUGUGGAUCCUAUUGCCGAAUACAAUAUGCCACAAUAUAAGUUGCGUGAAUUUAAGGUAACAGAUGCUCGUGAUGGUUCCUCCCGCACUGUUCGCCAAUUUCAAUUUAUCGAUUGGCCUGAACAGGGAGUUCCAAAGUCUGGUGAAGGCUUUAUCGAUUUCAUUGGACAAGUGCACAAAACCAAGGAACAAUUUGGACAAGAUGGUCCAAUUACAGUGCACUGUAGUGCCGGUGUUGGUCGAACUGGUGUGUUCAUAACUUUAAGUAUUGUUUUGGAGCGUAUGCAGUAUGAGGGUGUGUUAGAUGUUUUCCAAACGGUGCGAAUUCUAAGAGCACAACGGCCUGCAAUGGUUCAAACAGAAGAUCAAUACCACUUCUGUUACCGUGCUGCCCUAGAAUAUUUGGGUUCUUUUGAUAAUUACACAAAUUAAAACCAAUUAGUUGUGUUAGAAAACAAAACUGCUGUCAUUCAAAGUUUAUUUGUAUUUUUUUUUUUUUCAAACCAACCCUAAUGUGCUUCGUUCUGGAACUCUUAUUUAAUUGUUUUUGUGGACAUCAAAAGGAAUACAUCAGAAAACUGCCGAUGGAUAUUUUUUUAAGAUUAUAUUAAGUUCUUAUUGUAUAAGAAAAUAAAA